CCAAAAUCAGGGGACGCUUCACGCAGUCACGCCAUCAUUCCCAAUCAUUCCCAAGUCAUUCACAUCUCCAGUUUCACGUAGGCUUGUGUGAUCUGACCGGGUUAUGUACGCAUCUGUCAAUCGGUGACGAGUUUUACUGCCUUCAUUCGGCAUUUAAUCAAGAUUGGUGACAGAGGAAAAAUCGACGACGUUUAUUCAAGGUCACUCAUUACCUGGGACAGAAUUUCUCAUAAUCAAUGGCAGACUCUGACGAUGAAUAUGAUAGGAAGAGGCGAGACAAGUUUCGGGGGGAAAGGACCGAGUCAUACUCCAGGGAAGGCCGACGUGGGGAUGACAGACGCCGGGAAGAAUGGGUUGACAGAGAGUGGUCUAGCCGUCCCCGCGCACGCCCUGAGUAUCGUGAGUAUCGAGGAGGUGGAGGCAGCGGCGGACGAGAGCGUUAUAGUCCAGCACGAUCGCAGGAAAUGGCUCCUCCGAUGAAAAGGAUGAGAACCGAUUGGGAAGAUAGGCCUAGGUACGGCGGCCAUGAGUACUACGGUGGUGGAAGCUCUUGGGUUGGUCCAGACCAUUACGCUCCUCCACACCAUAGCAACCAUAACUAUGGGAACCAUGGAAAUAAUAACAGUCGAGAAGUGGCGGGUAAUUUCAGCAACUCUAAUGUAGAGACGCAACCACCAAUGAUGUCAUUCAAAGCGUUCCUCGUCACACAAGAAGACUCAAUCACAGACGAAGAAGCUAUUAAACGUUACAACGAAUACAAAUUAGAAUUCAGGCGCCAACAACUAAACGAAUUCUUUGUUGCUCACAAGGACGAAGAGUGGUUCAAAAUUAAAUACCACCCUGAAGAGUCUGUAAAAAGGAAAGAUGAGCAGAUCUCUGCGCUGAAGAAACGGGUUGAAGUCUUUCUUGAGAUGCUCCGUCUCGGUGAAAUAGACAAGGUGUCUGUCGACGCUGACCAAGCAGAUGCCUUGCUACAUCUUUUGGAUGCAGUUGUGAUUAAAUUAGAAGGUGGCACAGAAGAAGACCUCAGGGUGCUCGAUGCCAAGCCUCCGAAUCCUCCGACCCCUAAAGAAACCACACCUGCACCUAAAGAAAAGGAAAUCAAAGAGCAAAAAAGCGCACAAGAAGCUGAAAAACCACCAGCAAACGAGACAGAAAGUGAGGAAAAAACUGAUAAGUCCUCUGCAGAGGGUGAAAAUAAGCAGGAAAAUGACGAAAACGAAGUUAACGGUGACGUAACGAUGAGUGAGCCGGAGAAAGAUGACAAAAAAGAUGGAGAUGAGAAAACAGAAGAGAAUCUGGAAGCCAAGGCGGAAGAGCAAGAAGCCGUUGGUAAUCUGGAAGAAAAGGUAGAAAAAUCCGAUGAACAAAUUUCCAAGAAACGGAAACGCUCUGACAGUAAUAGCAGCAGCAGCAGUAGCAGUAGCAGCAGUUCCUCAGACAGUGACAGUAAUAAACCAGACACGCCUAAAACGGAGGCUCAAGCGGAAGAGAAGCCUGGGGUAAAGGACGAGGAUAAAAUGGAGAUGGAAAAGGGUGAAGACGAUGGAGAGAAGGCGGAGGAAAGUAACGUACCUGUUAAAGCCUCCGAAGGAGAGGGCGACGACGUUGCAAAGGAAGCCGAGCCCGAAGCUGUCAUAGAUUUGGCUAGCGAAGACAAAGAAAAAGAACCAAGAGCGCUCCACAAAACUAGUAGCAUAUUCCUCAGGAACUUAGCACCGACUAUAACCAAGGCAGAAGUCGAAGCUAUGUGCAAAAGAUUCCCUGGUUUUUUGAGAGUUGCCAUCGCCGAUCCUCAACCAGAAAGACGUUGGUUCAGACGUGGUUGGGUUUCAUUUGAGCGACAAGUCAACAUUAAAGAAAUCUGCUGGAGUCUCAACAACAUUAGGCUUCGUGAUUGUGAACUUGGCGCCAUUGUGAACCGAGAUUUGUCUCGUCGUAUUCGUACAGUUAACGGGCUCACCUCGCAUAAGCAAAUAGUGAGACACGACAUAAAAUUGAGUGCUAAAAUCGUUCAUAAUUUGGACAACAGAAUAGGCUUGUGGAACGAUGAUAAAAAAGAUAAGGCGAAUAGCAAAGACGGAGAUGAUGGGAAAGAUAACAGGACUGCCAAUGAGGCGGAACAAGCUGCGUUUGGACUGUCAUCCAAGAACCCAGUCUUGAAAAACAUCACCGACUAUCUCAUAGAAGAAGCUUCCGCCGAAGAGGAAGAACUUUUGGGAAUGUCCGGAGACCAGGAAGAGGGGCAAGUUGGAGGAGAUGGCGAUGGCCCAAUCGAACGUGACCCAUUAUUGAUAAAAGUUUUAGAUAGACUCGUGCUUUACUUGCGAAUCGUUCACUCCGUCGAUUAUUACAACCACUGCGAGUAUCCAAACGAAGACGAGAUGCCAAAUAGAUGUGGAAUAAUGCAUGUUCGAGGCUCGCCCCCAACAGCUAAAGUUUCUGCGACAGAACUUUCGGAAUAUUGUCGUAAUUUCGAAAGCAAGAUGUCGGUGUUUCUGACUCCCAUGGCUACUACCACGUCUGAUGAGUUUGACAAACUUGGUGCCAAAAAUUCUGAAGCUGAGGUAGAAAAAUUCGUGCAGGCCAACACGCAAGAGCUUUCUAAGGACAAAUGGUUGUGUCCACUCAGUGGAAAGAAAUUCAAGGGUCCAGAUUUCAUUCGGAAACAUAUAUUCAACAAGCACGCUGAAAAAGUAGCGGAAGUAAAAGCUGAGGCUGAAUAUUUUAACAACUAUCUAAAAGACCCAAAAAGGCCCCAGCUCUCCGAACAUCCAGGGAACAAAACACCUGUCAGAGAAGGUCCGCGCGAAGGAUUUCCGCCUUACGGAGGCGCGGCUAGGUUUGGGGGUUAUGGCGGAGCCUAUGGAGGUCGAGGAGGAGGUUACGGUUCAGGCUAUGGAGGUGGAUUUGGUGGAGGGUUUGGGAUGCCUCGUCCCAAUCGCGGUGGAUUCAACAGAGGGCGUGGCGGUGGCAGCGAUAUGAGACCUGUGAUCCACUACAGAGAUUUGGAUGCUCCUAGAGAACCCGAUGAAUUUAUAUAAAAAAUACAGUAUUUAUCUAUAUAAAUUCUACCCAUUUUCAUAUUUCCCUGUGUAGAAUAUAUCACGCUAAAAAUUGAAAUUCUUUUAUUAGUAUUUGCGAAGCUUUGUCAGAAGAAUUGGCAUUGUUAAAAAACAAGAGGUAUUUAUGCUCCGUUACUCAAUCUGAGUACCCUAUGUUGCACCGCUGUCUAUUAAUGUGUAUCUAUGGUCAAAUAAUUGACAGAACGUAAAUUGAUUUAUACGUUAAAACGUUGUCAAUGCUUAGGUGCUGACAAAAAAGGUUCCAAUCCUCUAUCCGUAGACGUUUGUAAUAUAACAAUAGCAAAACAGUGCUUUAUCUAUAGUCAAAGAGCAUUUUAUUGUCAUAGAAAGAACUUUUCACAGGUUCAAAGCUCCUGCAAAGAUAUAAAAAAAUGUAGCUGUUAUAAUUAAGAAUAAAGAAACCUCAAGACAA